AUGGCCGAGCCCUCAGUUGCAAACUUCGUCCUCCGCUCCCUCCUGCCCCCAGAGGCCGUCGACUUCAUCCACAAAAACGCCCUCCACCCCUCCUCGCCGCUCCAGGUCGCGCGCCAACACGCCGUCCUCGCCGCCUGCCGCGCCUUCGACACGCUCUACCCCUACGUCGCCCCGGCCGUCGACGCGACCCUCGCCUACCUGCAAGAGUCCCCCGAGCUGGUGUCGUUUGGCAUCCUGCUGAUGCUGCUGGCCGCGACGGUCGUCGUGCUCAACUGGAUCCGCCGCAUCGUCGCCUUCUGGACGGCGCUGGUGCUCAGGGUGGCCUUCUGGGGCGCCGUCGUCGCCGUGCUGGCCGCCGUCGUGCAGCGGGGCGUCUGGGAGACGGCGAGGGACGCGGUCGUCGUUGGCGGCAAGGUUGUCGGCUUCGCCGCCGCGGUGAAGGACGUCUGGAUUUCGGAGUACAAGAGAUACGAGGAGGAGACGCAGUCCCAAGGGAGGAAAUUCCGGUGA